GCGCGGCGCGGGUUGUUGGCUCAGAAGUGCUUCGAGAGCCGGAGGGAGCGGAUCUGUAUCGGGAUUUGAAAAGUGCAUAGGGGCAGGGCUUGGCUCCUGCAUGGCUCUGCCGGUUCUGCUGAGAAUUCCUCCUCCGAGCCGGCCGUUCGGAUGCUGAGCGGGCCACCCUCCCAGAGUUUGCAUACGGAAGCGGUGCCUUGAGACCACUGUGAGGGUCUUUUUUUUGGUUUGGGGUGCAGAAGGUGGGAAGCUGGACGUUGACCGGGGGACAUGUCGGAGGAGAGGCUGUUAAGCAUGGACGAGGGGGCGCUCCGGAAAUUGCUGGAGGCCACGCUGGACCUGACCGAACGGCGGCAGAUCCGCUCCGCCAUACGGGAGUUGCGGCGGCAGGAACUGGAACGAGACGAGGAGGCGCUGGCGUCCAAGCGCUUCCGGACGGAGCGCUGUGCAGAACGGCAGGAGAACAAGGAGAACGUGCUGAGAUCACGGCGGCUGGAGGAGGAGCAGCAGCAGCAGCAGAAAACUCUGGACAUCCUAUCUGGGAAGUUGGAAACCAUCCAGGAUGUGGAGGAACUGACUGCUUUGAUGCGGGCGGCCAGUGAAUACGAGGAACGGAAACUGAUCCGUGCCGCCAUUCGCAAACUGCGUGCUGAAGAAAUUGAAGCUGCAGCUUUGGCGGGGAAAGCUUACUACAACCGGCGGGCGACGGAUGAGACCCUGGAGGUCAAAGGAAGGGAAGGAAACACAGCGGACGGGGGCAUCUCUGAGGUGCAGGAGCGGGAAUUGAUCAGGGCCCAGAUCCGGGAGCUGCGAAGCCAGCAGCGGCAGGAAGCGAAGCCAGCAGACAUGCCGGAUUCCUCCACCCCCGUGGGAACUCUCCUGCUCCUGGACCCUGUCGCCAGCCAAGCCCCCGCCGAGCCACCCUCGCAGUCGGAGAGCGGGCCGGAUCCAGAGUCGAGCGCCGAGGCCAGCUCCCGAGACAGCGACUCCAGGACUGAAUCCCCUCCCGCUUCCGAGGAGGAGACGGGCACCGGCCGCAUUUCCGCUCCGGAAGACAGCGAGGGGUUGCGAGCUCCUGAAGGAGGGUCCGCUGCCAGUGAGACUCCGCAAGGGCAGCCGGAUGCCCCGAGCGUGGCGGGUGAUUCCUCCCACGAAGAGGAGGCUUCCCCAAAUUUACCGAGCGAAGAGACUCGGAGAGAAUGGCAGGAUGCACCUCAAGCCCCAGAGCAGGAAACGGGUGUCGUGGACAGGAGAGAAAGCGUUUGCUCAGCAGCUCCAUCCAGUGCCGCCCCCCAGACCCCUGCCCCUCCAGAUGCCCGCUGCGGUGAAACCACACAACCAACGCCACGCCAGGCAAGCAGCACAGAUUCCCGCCGGGAUCAGCCCUUCCAGCGAUCCGGCUCUGUGCUGGACCGCGCACGGAAGUUCAGCUCGGAGCCCCCCAAGUCGGCGGGCUCUGCGGCCACCCCCCGGAAGGCGGAGAGUGCGGCCAAAGGGGCCCGGAUCCUGCAGCAGCAGCAACAGCUCCUGAACCCCCCUCGUGCAGGAGACUUACCUGUCGGGGCAUGGGGUGGCAGCAGUGGCACUGCUGGCCAUGCCCUCCAGGAUGCCAGCAGGCAGCGGGGUGCAGGGGAGCAGCAGGCGGCCAAGCCCUCCGCCAUCCAGGCAAAGACCGGGACAGUGAGGCCUCCUGCCGAGAGUCCGGCCAGCCCUAAAGAGGCGGGCGGCCCCCGGGGGCGGAGCCAGGCCGGCCAAUGGCAGGGGAGCAAGUGGGCACCUGCCCGCCCCUCUGCUGAAAACACUCCCGGGAGCUCCUCCGGCUCAAAGGAGCCCCAUGCCCCCCCGCUGAGCACUUCCUCCUCCCGCAGCCCUCUGCCAGCCCGGGCGCGCAACCUCGGCGGCGCCGAGCCCAGCGACGAGAUGAAGACCCUCUUCACCAUCGAGAUCAAGGAUGGCCGCAGCCAGCCCAUCAGGAGCCACGUUGUGGGGGCGCCAGGGAACCAGCGGGCAGAACUCACCCUGGGGUUGAGAAGCACUCCCAUUCGAAUCACCACCAGCAGCAGCAGCGUCGACAGCUCCAGCCAUGGUGGCAGCAGCUCCAGCCUUAAUAAGAGGACGGCCCUUCUAACGGCACCAGCCUCUGCAGCCCCCAGGGGGCACCCUUCCCCUGCCGUCACAGGGGAGCCCCUGCCUCUCCUUGCACUGGGUCCAGCCUGCCCCCCCCACCCACCCACACAGCCCGGCCACCUGGCUCAGCUCCAUCAUCCUGUCUUUGUCUGUCACCGUGAAGCGUCCCUCUGCGGGACGAGAAUAGCUGCCCCGGCCACACAAAAGACCCCGCUCAGCCCCGCCGGUCACCAGAGAGCCGUGGUCCUGCCAUUCGGGACUUCUCGGGGCUCCUCUGCACCCUCUCUCCCAGCGUUGCCCCUCUGCGCCAUGCCUGGGGUGCCCACCCCCAGCCCGGAGCCACCCCUGUUCGAGGAGGCGCCCCUGCGGCAGGCCCUGCAGGAGGUCCGCCAGGAGUUGCAGGCGUGGCGCCAGGCCGUCGAGCACCGCGUGGAGGUGGCCCUAGGCUCGGUUCGCCCGCUUGCUGCCGCCCUCGCCCAGCUGCGGGAGGAGAAUGCUGCCCUGCGGGCCGAGCAGCGGCGGCUCAGCCGGGACGUGGCGCUGCUCACCCUCUACCUGGGCGAGGAGGAGGAGGAGAAGGACCCCAGCACCCUGCUGCUGGAGGCGGAAGAUCCCUGCGCCCACUUUGUGGGCACCGAGGAGGCUGGGCAGCCGACCGCCCACCCGCCCACCUUCGCCAGCACCCGGAGGCACUCGGAGGUCCACCUCUCUCGCAGCGGGAGUUUUAUGGAAGCCGAGGUGCCGGGGCACCGCGAGGCAGCGGACUCGGCGUUGUCAAACGGCACCGAGAAAGAGAAGCCGCAGUCCCAGGAGCUGCACCAGCGAAGCCGCCUGAGCGCCGAAGAGCUGAGCAAGAUCGAGGAAGAGCAGGUGUUGGAUAAGAUGCUGGAUCAGACCACAGACUUUGAGGAACGGCGGCUGAUACGGGCCGCCAUGCGGGAAUUGCGCCAGCGGAAGCGAGAGCAACGAGAGAAGGAGCGCAGCUUGCGGAUCCAGGAAGCCAAAUCGAGAGGGGCCACCCACACCACAGAGACCACUGCCCGGCAGAGCGCCAUGUCCGCCGAUGGCUCAGCCAUCAGCACCGUCACCAAGACCCAGCGCCUUGUCCAGUCCAAUGACGGCAGCAAGACUUCCCGCACGAUGAUGAUGGAGUCCAGCUACGUGAAGAGAUCGGAAAACGGAAACACCUUUGUCCAGACCAAAUCGUCCUACAGCACAUCGUCUUCCAAGAAAGUGGGCAGCAUCUUCGAGCGAGAGGACGAGACCUCUGGGCGUGCCAGCAGCCUGGCUGCCCUGGAGCGUCGCCAGGCUGAGAAGAAGAAGGAGCUCAUGAAGGCCCAGAGCCUGCCCAAGACAUCGGCUUCGCAAGCCCGGAAGGCCAUGAUUGAGAAGCUGGAGAAGGAGAGCGGCAGCCCAGCCAACCCAGCCGUGUCCCGGGUGGCCGUCCAGCGCUCGGGCAGCUUUGGGGUCCCCAACGCCAGCAGUAUCAAGCAGAUGCUGUUGGAUUGGUGCCGCGCUAAGACACGGGGCUACGAGCACGUCGACAUCCAGAACUUUUCCUCCAGCUGGAGCGACGGCAUGGCCUUCUGCGCCCUCGUCCACAACUUCUUCCCAGAGGCCUUCGAUUAUGCCCAGCUUUCGCCUCAAGACCGGCGGCGCAACUUCGAGAUGGCGUUCUCAGCUGCUGAGACGCACGCGGAGUGCCCCCAGUUACUGGAUGUGGAGGACAUGGUCCGGAUGAGGGAGCCCGAUUGGAAGGUGCUUGUGGACUGCGUGCCCUUGGUGGAUGUGGAAGACAUGAUGAUCAUGGGGAAACGUCCCGACGCCAAGUGUGUCUUCACCUACGUGCAGUCCCUCUACAACCACCUGCGGCGCCACGAACUCCGUAUGAGGCAGCAGCGCUUCUAGUCUUCCUCUCU